UUGAAUCCUCUGCUCAGCAUGGCCAUUUAUUCACAUUCCAAUCAAAUCAAAAGCUUGGUUUCAAAGGGUCUUUAUCACCAAACACUUGAACUUUUCACACAACUCCAUCUCUCUGGCCACCACUUCAUCUCCUCUGUUCUUCCAUCAGUCAUCAAGGCAUGCUCCUCUGCCCAGUGUCAUGCUUUUGGCACACAGCUUCAUUGCUUGGCUCUCAAGACAGGCUCCUACUCUGAAGCAGUUGUGUCCAAUUCUAUCGUCUCCAUGUAUUCUAAGUUUUCAGAUAUCCAAUCAGCACGAGAAGUGUUCGACACAAUGCCUCACAGAGACCCCAUCACCUGGAACUCAAUGAUUAAUGGUUAUUUGCAAAAUGGGCACUUGGCAGAAGCUUUGGAAACGUUGAAAGAUGUGUACUUGCUUGGUUUUGUUCCCAAGCCGGAGUUGUUGGCUAGCAUGAUAUCUCUGUGUGGGAGGAAAAUGUGUUCAAGAAUAGGAACACAGAUUCAUGCUCUUGUUGUUGUUGAUGAGAGGAUAGAACAGUCAGUGUUUCUGUCAACAGCUCUUGUGGAUUUUUAUUUUAGGUUUAAUGACUCUUUGAUGGCUUUACGAGUAUUUGAUGGGAUGGAGGUGAAAAAUGAGGUUUCAUGGACUGCUAUGAUAACUGGGUGCACUGCUAAUCAAGAUUAUGAUGUAGCUUUUGCAUGCUUCCGAGCAAUGCAAGCUCAGGGAGUUAACCCAAAUAGAGUAACAUUAAUCGCUCUGUUACCAGCUUGUGUAGAGCUAGGCUUUGUUAAGCAUGGAAAGGAGAUUCAUGGGUAUGCCUUCCGUCAUGGGUUUGAGUCAAGUCAUAGUUUUUCAUCUGCUCUUAUAAAUAUGUAUUGUCAAUGUGGAGAAUCACUGCACCUUGCUGAGCUAAUUUUUGAAGGGUCUAGUUUCAGAGAUGUGGUGCUAUGGACUUCAAUCAUUGGGAGCUAUUCUCGAAGAGGGGAUAGCUACAAAGCCUUGAAGCUUUUUAAUGAGAUGCGGACUGGGGAAACUGAACCAAACUAUGUAACUUUGUUGGAAGUGAUCUCUGCCUGUGCAAACUUAUCUUCACUUAAGCAUGGUUGUGGACUCCAUGGCCUCAUCUUUAAAUUUGGACUUAAUUUUAUCAUCUCUGUGGGCAAUGCACUUAUAAAUAUGUAUGCCAAAUGUGGUUGUUUGGAUGGUUCUCGUAAGAUAUUCCUAGAAAUGCCAAAUAGAGAUUCUGUUUCGUGGAGCACUUUGAUCAGUGCCUAUGGCCUUCAUGGAUGUGGUGAACAAGCUUUACAACUUUUUUAUGAAAUGAAAGAGAGAGGAGUGAAGCCUGAUGCGAUCACCUUCCUUGCAGUUUUAUCUGCUUGUAAUCAUGCUGGGCUUUUAACUGAGGGACAACGGGUAUUCAAACAUGUAAAUGCAGAUUGUGAAAUUCCAUUAACUAUAGAGCAUUAUGCAUGCCUAGUUGACCUUCUAGGAAGGUCAGGCAAGCUUGAAGAUGCUUUGGAAAUUCUGAGAACGAUGCCCAUGAAACCGAGUGCAAGAAUAUGGAGCUCUCUGGUAUCUGCUUGUAAGCUUCAUGGAAGACUAGACAUUGCAGAAAUGCUAGCCCCACAGCUUAUAAGAUCAGAACCAAAUAAUGCUGCCAAUUACACAUUGUUGAAUAUGAUUUAUGCAGAGAAUGGUCAUUGGCUUGAUAUAGAACAAGUGAGGGAAGCUAUGAAACUACAAAGGUUAAAGAAAUGCUAUGGGUUCAGCCGCAUUGAGGCAAUAGAUGAGAGUUUUUAACAAGGCAGAAUGUUUGAAUGCCAGGUUUAGAUUAUG